AUGGAGCAGGAGGGAGGGUCAACCCCCCUAGAGGAGGCGGGCUCCCCAGACCAGGAGGGCUUUUUCAACCUGCUGAGCCACGUGCAGGGCGGCCGCAUGGAGGAGCAGCGCUGUUCUUUGCAGACCACGUCUGGCCAGGCCACCGAGGGCGAGGGCAGCCCAGCACCUGAGAUGGACAGUUUCAUGGACAUGUUGGCCAGCACCCAGGGACGUCGUAUGGAUGACCAGCGUGUGACCAUCAGCGCCCUUCCAGGCUUCCAGCCCGUGGGCCCCAAGGACAGUACGCAGAAACGACCCGGGACCCUGAGUCCCCAACCCCUGCUCGUCCCCCAAGAUCCGAGCGCUCUGGGUUUCCGUAGGAACAGCAGCCCGCAGCCCCAGACACAAGCCCCCUGAAGCAAGCCCCCC